GCAAGCGCGGCGUGCAACCAGGGGCUGCUCCGCGAAGCCACGGACCGGUACAUCGCGGCGCAGAGCACGGGCAGCCUCAGCUGGCUGGCGCCGGUGCUGGCCGACAACGCCACGUACUUGGAGAACGGCCGCACGCUGCCGGGCUGGCGGUCCAACAGCUCGCUCGCGACAGCUUCGCCGCAGCGCAUCGACCGCAGCCACAGCAUCUUCGACCUGACGCAGUGCGCGUCCUUCACGGACCUGAUCAUUACCGACGCCGCGGCACCGCGCGUCAUCGGCGCCCAGCUCUGGCUGGGCCCCGACAGCGGCAGACUGACGAAAAUCGACCGCGUCGUCACCACGCCCGGCGACUGGCUGUUCAACGCCACGGGUACGCUGCACUACGCGCUGGGCGAGGACUGGGGCGCGAUCCCGGUAGCGCAGCGCGACUCGCGCGCCGCUAUCCAGGCCGCCGCCGACGCCUACCUCGACGUGUUCAAGAAUGCCAGCGUCGCCGUGCCGUGGGGCUCGCCGUGUGCGCGCCUCGAGGGCGGCGCCUAUACCGGCCGCGGCCUGCCGUCUGACACUUGUAACCUCGGCGUCAUCCAGUCGUAUGACAUGCCGAAUCGCCGUUAUGUGAUUGACGAGAGUGUGGGUGUCGUGAGCGUGUUGCUCGAGUUUGGCAGUAUCGGGAAUGCGCCUGACAGCCACGAGUUCCGUGUCGAGCAUGGGAAGUUGAGGUUUAUUCACACUAUGACG